GGUGGGAGGGGCAGCCCGGGGCCCGGGGAAGGAAGAGCGGAGGGGGGUUCCUGGAGCAGCCGCCAUGGGUGAAGCAGAGAAGUUCUAUUAUGUUUACAGCUGUGAUUUGGACAUCAAUGUGCAGCUCAAGAUAGGAAGCUUGGAGGGGAAAAGAGAGCAGAAGAGCUACAAAGCUGUUUUGGAAAAUCCCAUGCUGAGGUUUUCGGGGCUGUACCAGGAGACCUGCUCAGACUUAUACGUGACCUGCCAAGUCUUUGCAGAAGGGAAACCCCUUGCUCUUCCCGUCCGGACCUCCUACAAAGCCUUCAGCACCAGGUGGAAUUGGAAUGAAUGGCUGAAACUGCCAGUCAAGUACCCAGAUUUGCCCAGGAACGCUCAGGUGGCCUUCACCAUAUGGGAUGUCUAUGGACCUGGCAAAGCAGUACCAGUCGGGGGAACGACAGUCUCGCUCUUUGGAAAAUAUGGGAUGUUUCGCCAAGGAAUGCAUGAUCUGAAAGUGUGGCCCAAUGUGGAGGCGGAUGGAUCUGAGCCCACUAAGACUCCGGGGAGGACUAGCAGUACCCUUUCCGAGGAUCAGAUGAGUCGACUAGCCAAGCUCACCAAGUCCCACCGGCAAGGUCACAUGGUCAAAGUCGACUGGCUGGACAGACUGACCUUUCGGGAAAUUGAGAUGAUCAAUGAGAGUGAGAAGCGAAGCUCUAAUUUCAUGUACUUGAUGAUUGAAUUCCGCUGUGCCAAGUGUGAUGACAAAGAAUAUGGAAUUGUAUACUAUGAGAAGGACGGUGAUGAGUCAUCUCCCAUUUUAACGAGCUCUGAGAUCGUUAAGGUUCCAGAUCCCCAGAUGUCAAUGGAAAACUUGGUAGAAAGCAAACAUCACAAGCUUGCUAGAAGUUUGAGAAGUGGACCGUCUGAUCAUGAUCUCAAGCCCAACGCUGCAACCCGAGAUCAGCUGAAUAUCAUUGUGAGCUACCCACCAACCAAGCAACUAUCAUAUGAGGAGCAGGAUCUUGUCUGGAAAUUCCGGUAUUAUCUUACCCAUCAGGAGAAGGCCCUGACUAAAUUCCUGAAAUGUGUAAACUGGGGUCUCCCGCAAGAAGCGAAACAGGCCCUGGAGCUUUUGGGCAAAUGGAAACCAAUGGAUGUAGAGGAUUCCCUUGAGCUCUUAUCUUCCCAUUUCACCAACCCCACGGUGCGGCGGUAUGCGGUUGCCAGACUGCAGCAGGCUGAUGAUGAGGAUCUGCUGAUGUACCUGCUGCAACUGGUCCAAGCACUGAAAUACGAAAACUUUGAUGACAUCAAGAGUGGGUUAGAACCAACAAAGAAGGAUAGCCAAGGCUCAAUGUCUGAGAGCAUGGCGACAUCUGGAACAAAUGCUGGAGAAAUUGACAGUUCACAGAUCAUCACAAGUCCACUCCCUCUUGUGUCUUCUCCACCUCCUACGGCUAAAUCCAAGGAGUCCGCUGAGAGUGAAAAUCUGGAGCAAGAUCUUUGCACAUUCUUGAUAUCCCGAGCAUGCAAAAAUUCCACUCUGGCUAACUACUUAUAUUGGUAUGUGAUUGUGGAAUGUGAAGACCAAGACACUCAGCAGCGAGACCCAAGGACUCAUGAAAUGUACCUGAACGUCAUGCGGAGGUUUAGUCAAGCUCUUUUGAAGGGAGAUAAGUCCGUCAGGGUGAUGCGUUCUUUGCUGGCAGCCCAGCAAACAUUUGUCGAUCGGUUGGUCCAUCUCAUGAAAGCGGUGCAGAGGGAAAGCGGGAACCGAAAGAAAAAGAAUGAGAGAUUGCAGGCACUUCUGGCAGACAAUGAAAAGAUGAAUUUAUCAGACAUUGAGCCCAUUCCACUGCCUCUAGAACCACAGGUCAAAAUUAGAGGAAUAAUCCCGGAGAAAGCAACAUUGUUCAAGAGUGCUCUAAUGCCAGCCCAGCUAUUCUUCAAGACUGAAGACGGGGGCAAAUAUCCUGUGAUAUUUAAGCAUGGGGAUGACUUACGCCAAGAUCAACUGAUUCUCCAGAUCAUAUCACUCAUGGACAAGCUCUUGAGAAAGGAGAAUUUGGAUUUGAAGCUCACUCCUUACAAAGUCUUGGCUACUAGUACAAAACAUGGUUUUAUGCAGUUCAUCCAGUCAGUCCCUGUGGCAGAAGUUCUUGCUACUGAAGAAAGCAUACAGAACUUUUUCCGAAAACACGCACCCAGUGAAACUGGACCCCAUGGAAUAAGUGCAGAAGUGAUGGAUACCUACGUCAAAAGCUGUGCUGGCUACUGUGUAAUAACAUACAUCCUCGGUGUUGGAGACAGACAUCUGGAUAACCUUUUGCUCACCAAGACAGGCAAACUUUUCCACAUUGAUUUUGGUUACAUUUUGGGCCGUGAUCCAAAGCCUCUUCCACCACCCAUGAAGCUGAAUAAAGAGAUGGUGGAAGGGAUGGGAGGGACACAGAGUGAACAGUACCAGGAGUUCCGCAAACAAUGCUACACAGCUUUCCUUCAUCUCCGCCGGUAUUCCAACUUAAUUCUGAACUUGUUCUCCCUCAUGGUUGAUGCCAACAUUCCUGACAUUGCCCUGGAGCCAGACAAGACUGUGAAAAAGGUUCAAGACAAGUUCCGCCUGGAUCUUUCCGAUGAAGAAGCUGUCCACUACAUGCAAAGCCUUAUUGAUGAAAGUGUUCAUGCACUUUUCGCAGCUAUGGUGGAGCAGAUCCACAAGUUUGCCCAGUAUUGGAGAAAAUGAUCACCAUCAAAUUCUGCAGACAAGAAUUCAUAGAUAUGGCUGCCCAUCAUACUUUAUGAGAUGGCAUCUAGUGGAGUGUACUGAUUCUUUUACCAACUUUGAUAGUGCACCUCGCCUGGAUUUUCAUUAAAAAAAACUAGGUCAAGAAUAUGUUCUGCUGUCUCAGUAUCUCAGCCAUGACAUUUGGAAAAGAGCAUCAUCCAAAGCUAAAGAUGACAAGCAGACAAAGGUCUUGCAGUUUUCUAAGUAUAUCUAUACACUUGCUGUUGCUGAGAAACCGGAGCUUUCUAAUGCACUUAACAGAUCCCCAUAUGGUGCCGAGUGAAGGAUAUUACAGACUAUUUGUUUUCACCUAUAGCAUUAAUGAAGCAUCCUGGAUUUGGGGUUGACAUUUUGGAUGGACUUAUUUAUAAAACUUGGCCCAACAACCUUUUUGGAAGAAGCAGUUGUAUGAUCUAGUCUUUCAGAGACAAAUGUUUCUGUCAAAUUCAAGCACCCCCCCCCCCCCACACACACACACACUCAAAGAAUUUUGAAUGAUAUUCCUGAUGCCCUUUAAAGGAUGUUGACAUGAAAGAUCCAACAGUUUGUAUCCUUGGAUAAAAUGACAAAAAUGUACAUUAACUUAAUUUUCCAAUUGUAAUAAAAUUCUUUUGACUCAUC